AUGCCGCACCCAUCUCACCACCACCCACCACCACCACCACCACCACCACCACCGCCAUCGCCACCGCAUCCACCACCCUCCUACUCCACCACCGCCGCACACCGAGCCAGGGCCACCAGCCACACCAGCUACAGGUGGCUCCUCUACCUCGCCCUCAUCCUCGCCCUCGUCGGCGCAACACGCCGCAGCAUCACCUCCCCACUCAACACCUCCCUCUCCAGCCAGCCGCGCUCGCAAUGGCACGACCUGCCCGCAGAAUACGUCAUCUGUUCGCCAGCCAACCGCCCCGGCCUCCUCUCCCGCUCCACCCAUAGCCACCCGCCUCGCCGCAGCAUCUACACCGGUCACCACCACGACGGCACCGGCGGCGGCGACGACGACGACGACGGAGGCAACAACGACGACCCUCACGACGCCUACGUCUCCUGCCUCGCCGUCGCCAACCACUCGAUCGUCGCUCUCGGCUCAGAGCACCACGUCCUCCACGCCGCCUGCGGCCUCGACCCCGCCACCCCUGCUGCCCGCAAGCGUCUCCCGCGCUCCAACAAGUCGGCACGCCUCCAGCGCCAGCGACGCAACCUCCUCUCCGCACCAUCAGCCCACACCGCCGCCAACAACUGCGACGUGCGCAGGCUCAGGCACGGCCAGACCCUCUACCCGGGCUUCCAGGACGCCCACGGACACGUCCUCGACUAUGGCUGGUCCCGCACCGUCGUCGACCUCGUCGGCUCCACCUCAAAGCAUCAGGUCGUACAGCGCAUCGAGGACUUUGUUCGCAAAUCGCCCGAGCUCCUCGCCUACGCCCUCAGCCCCACCAGCGACCAUCGCCCGGGCGACGCCGACGCCGACGUGCGCUGGAUCGAGGGCCUCGGCUGGGACCAGACAAAGUGGCCCGACCCCGUCUUCCCCACCGCCGCCGACCUCUCGAGCUCCCCGCUGCUGCGCAAGUUUGCCAUCUCGCUCCGCCGCAUCGACGUACACGCCAUCUGGCUCUCGCAGGUCGCCCUCGACCUCGUCGAGAACCAGGCCAAGGGCUUCCCGCGCUCGCCCGCCGACGACCACAGGAUCGAGGGCGGCCUCGUGGUCCGCGACGCCGCAGGCAGGCCCACGGGCGUCCUCAUCGACAACGCCAUGAACCUCGCCUACCAGGUCAUCCCAAAGUGGACCUUCGAGCAGCGCAAGCGCUACCUCGACGCCGCCGCAGACGGCCUCCUCCGCGCCGGCAUCACGGCCGUCGGCGACGCCGCCACCGACCUCGACGCCGUCGACUUUUACAAAAAGAUGGACGAGCAGGGUUCCAUGCCGCUGCGGAUCUACUCGUUCCUCGCCUGCCCUCCCGACGAGCGACGGUGCGCCCACCGCGUGCAGCAGGUGCUGCCGGCCACGCCCACGUCGCGCUUCACGCUGCGGGCCGUCAAGCUCUUUGCCGACGGCGCCCUCGGCUCGUGGGGUUCGGCCAUGUGGCAGGACUACUCGGACAACCCGGGCGAGCGCGGCCUGCUCCUCAUCCGCGAGCAAGAAGUCGAACCGCUGAUCCGCUACUGGAUGGAGCGCGGCUGGCAGGUCGGCACCCACGCCAUCGGCGACAAGGCCAACACGCUGGUGCUCGACGCCUACCAGUCGAUCCUCGCAUCCUCCGGCGCGCUCGCCUCGGCCGACCCGCGCCCGCGCGUCGAACACGCCCAGAUCAUGCGCCUGUCGGACACGGCGCGCUUCGGCAGGCUGGGCGUCAUCGCGUCCAUGCAGCCCACCCACUGCACCUCGGACAUGGGCUACGUCGAGUCGCGCAUCGGCGCCGAGCGCGCCCGCGGCGCCUACGCCUGGAGGACGCUGCUCGACGCCAACGCGUCGCUGGCCUUGGGCUCCGACUUCCCCGUCGAGCUGCCCGACCCCUUGCACGGCAUCUACUCGGCCGUCACGCGCCUCGACCCGCAGGGCAACUCGCCGCACGGCCGCAGAGGCUGGUACCCGGGCGAGAGGCUCAGCAGGCGGCAGGCGCUCCGCGGAUUCACGCUCGACACGGCCUACGCCCAGUUCGAGGAGGACCGCGCCGGCAGCAUCCGCGUCGGGAAGCGGGCCGACUUUACCAUCCUCGACCGCGACAUCCUCAACGAGCAGACCGUCUCGCCGGCGGCGCUGCGUGGUGCCCAGGUCGAGGCGACGCUGAUCGACGGCAGGGUCGCCUACGACCGGGCCACGGACAGGGCUUCCCUGCUGGCUGCGGCCAUCUCGCCGCCGGCCUACGCAGACCCCAUCCGGCGGCUGGCCAGCCAAGUGGCCGAGGACCUCGUCGCCGAGCUGCAAAGGGCGUGGUACGGCCACAGCCCCGUGCUCCUCUCGACGAUGGUCACGCUGGCCCUCGUCGCGCUGCUCCUGCUGCGCCGCGGCGGCACCGACCGCGACGCGUACUCGAACCUGUCUGCGCUUGCGCUCAACACGCGCCGGCCGGAGGCCGAGUGGAUGAACAUGGGCUUCUGGCGCGACACGGCCGACUUUUCCACGGCCGCUCGGCAGCUGGCCGAGGUGCUCUACAGCGCCGCGGGCGUCGCGAGCGGCAGCCGGAUCCUCGACGUAGGCUGUGGGACGGGCGACUCGGUGCUGCUGCUGCGGGAGCGCUACGGGCCGAAGACGUUGCACGCCGUCACGUUCCUCGAGCGCGACGCAGCCAGGACGGCACAACGGCUGGACGCGGCCGCUGGAGCCGAGGCGGACAAGCGGUCGUCGUCGUCGUCGUCGUCGUCAUCACAGCAGCAGCAGCAGCAGCAGCAGCAGCAGCGGCAGCAGCGGCAGCACCGGGUGUGGUGCGGCGACAUUGCCGAGUGGCUGGUCGAGACGUCCGGCUCGGCCGGCGAGUCGUACAGGGACGGGGACGGGGACGGGGACGGGGAGCAAAAGUACGAUUUCAUCCUGGCGCUCGACUGCGCCUACCACUUCCAGAGCCGCUCGGACUUUCUACAGCUGGCGUACCGUCGGCUGGCGCCUGGCGGCACGCUCGGGCUGGUGGACCUGCUCUCGGCGUGGCCCCCCGUGCGGCGGGGCAGGGCGAGCGAGCGUGGAGCCACGUUCCGAGCGAGACGCUGCGGCAGCCGUCGCGUGCUCCGACCCUCUUGGCGCGGCUGCGGCACGCGGCGACGUGCAAGCUGCUGGGCGUUUCGCCGUCGGCGCUGUGGUCGGCGGACGGGUACGCCGCGAAACUGGAGCGAGCGGGCUUUCGAGCGUCGACGAUUUCGAUCCGGGACGUGUCCGAGCACGUCUUUCCGGGCUUUUCGCGGUUCCUGCGAGGGCUGGGGGCGGGGCGAGGAGCGCGCUUGGCGGGGCGGCGGGGCGGGCACGCUGUUUGCGCUGCGGAGCUUUGGCGGCGUCGUGGCGUCGUGGGCGCGCGGCGGCGACGAGGGCUUGGUGCGCUGCGCCGUCGUCGUGGCGCGCAAGGACGUGGCGGUCGAGGGCGCGUCGGCUGCCAAGGGGGUGUCGUAG